AUGGUCCUGCUGAGCCUUCGCUUCAUCUUGGAAGCAGACUUGUGCUUGGGUCUGGGGAAAGGUGGGGGCGUACCUGGGCGCGGCGUCGCGCGUGUCAGGGUGGCUGUGCCCAUCACCUUUCCCAGCAGUGCUUGGCACGAUGCUUGGGGCAAGAGCUUGAUAUGGGUGUUUGGGGACGGGAGAUUGGAAGAAGGGGAGGUGUUCGUCGACUUAAUCUGGAAGGUGUUGAGGGGGUUGAGCGUCUUUGCCAAGACGCCCUGCUCGCCGCGGGCGAAGCGUCGAACGCAAGAACUCAAGCUCAUCGAUAAUGAUAACGUUCUUGCUGAAUGGAGCUUUGGAUGGUGGACGACUGCUUGCGCGUUGACCAAGAGCUCUCAAGCUGGCUUGUCGCUGCUCGCUGUUCACGCGAAGGGUCAAGACUCAAGACAGCUUUGA